UAGCUGUCAAAGGAGACGGUUUCUGCCAGGAAGUGGGACGAAUGAAGUUCAUUUUCCACAGUUGGUGAUGGCGGAUGUUGAAGUAGACACCAUGAAGAAUUACCACAUAGCGUUUGAGAGAAUAAACCCAGACACGAGUCGCUAUCCUUACUGCAUUGUAUGGACACCUAUCCCCGUGCUGUCAUGGCUGCUUCCCUUUAUUGGUCACAUGGGGAUCUGUACUUCCUCUGGAGUGAUCAGGGACUUUGCUGGACCCUACUUUGUCUCGGAAGACAACAUGGCUUUUGGGAGACCGACAAAGUACUGGAUGCUGGAUGUCAGCAAGGUUUAUGCAAGUGGGUCGAAUGCUUGGGACACAGCAGUCCAUGAUGCCUCGGAGGAAUACAAAAACAGGAUGCACAACCUCUGCUGUGACAACUGCCAUUCCCACGUUGCCAUGGCACUGAACCUGAUGCGCUAUGAAAACAGCACCUCAUGGAACAUGGUUAACCUCUGCUUGCUGUCGCUCAUCCAUGGCAAGCACAUCAGCUGUGCAGGGUUCCUGAAGACUUGGUUGCCUUUCCUCAUGUUGACAGGGGUCAUACUUACAGUGGCCCUGACCCUUAACCUCCGGUGACUGGCGAGGUGGGGGAACCACCAGGGGUCCAGAGGAACCCUGCAGGUUGGAUGUGGGCUUGACCUUCCAAGUGAGGAGGGAGGUGUCGCUUUGCUGGACCCUCUCAAACAGGACUACUCAUGCCAGAAUCCAACCAUGAGAGGAAAACCAAGAGCAUCCGACAUUUACAAUAACAACAAUGACUGUUUGUUUCUCUGAACAGGCAACCUGUCACUGGUGCCACCCUACUGGUGAAGCAGGAAUACAUUUGGAAGCCAAUUUCUUUUUGUUUAUUGUUUUGGUUUGAUGUUAGUGGUGCUGAUGUGGAUUUUUGAGCCCCCAACCACCAUAGUUGAUUGGUAAUAAAACCCUAUGGGGAGGGGGGGAGGGUGUAGUCUAUCAACACUUAUCAAUUAGAAAUGAAGGUGGGGUAGCUGCAAUAAUAAUUCUGGGGGAGUUGUAUUCCCUAACUCCAGUUGGAAACAUCCCUUUUUUGAUCAAUUUUUUAAGCAUCUACUAAGUAAUUAAAUGUGACCAUGGUCCCUUGAUUUAGUGCUUCCUAUAUUCCAUUGUUAUGUUCUGGAAGAGAAACAUGAUAUUUCACUCAAAUGCCUUUCAAGGAAUGUAUUGGAUUUUCUGCUUGGUUUGAUAUAGAUCUUGUACUGCUGUGUAUGCUUGAUUCUCCAGAAAGUUGUGUUGCAAUGCAUUGUAUUUUGCUGAAUUCCAGGAUACCUCUGUAUCAUAUCUAACUUUUAUGAAAUGUUUGUAUAUUGUGUCGGAAGUCUAGGUGAUUUUGUAUUUUCAGACCUGUUUUGUCAUUGCUCUACACUAAAAGGCUGAACGUGUAGAUUUCAGAUCCUGUUAACUGCAGAUUAUUGAAUGCCCUUUUACAGACAGUGCUGCUACAGCCAUGACAACCAUAGCUGCCGACUCAGUUAUAAUUCUGGUUUACACCUGCAGAUAUUGGAAUGGUACGCCUGACUGGAAUGCUUGAGAAUUCAUUUAUGUAAGAGGUUUUUGCCAAAAGUAGGAUGGGAGACCUAGAGACGGAUCAAAGCAGCUUGAUCAUGUCAAACUGUGUCCCAAAAGAAUCCUGACCACUAAUGAAACACCUGAUUGAUUUAAGUUUGGGAUGACAUGUGGAAAGAAGAAAAAUGAAAAGGCCUUUGACUUAGUAAUGAAACCCUAGCCUGUACUUUGUCAUUUUGUUUACAAAGAGAGACCUACAUACUUAUUCUUUGUUAUUGCUUUUAAAGAGCAAAAGUAGUACAUAAACCUGGUGCCUAAAGAUUUUUUUUUUGUCAUGGGUCUUGAGCACUGAAUAUCUUAACAUACAUAUUACAUGCUAGCGUUAUUGUCCUUUACUCCAUCUAUGUUGAUUUUGUGUAUGGUUUCAAAGCCCCAAGGUAAUCCGAGAUGAAGGUUGGCACACAAAAUACGUUGCCAUGGCUUCAUUGACCAGAAUCAAAUCCCUUCAUUGUUUGGAAGCAAACAGAAAAGAGCUGAGCCUUCUUUUUGCCACAACGCUGCCAGAAGCAGCAGGUAGCCAGGGUCCUGAGGUCUACUCACGCACACACACACACAAACCUUUCUCCAGAUCCUGAGAAAGUGUUGCUCCUUCUGCCCUGCAAACCAGAUAAGAGGUGCAUUGUGAAGUGUAAUGAAGCUCUUGUCAGUGGUUCAUUGUUGAACUUGAUUAUUUAAGAUUUCUGCAAAUAUGUAGGGUAGGUGUUAAUAGCUAAGUAGCUAUGUUCUGCAGGACAUAUGAAUAUACUUACAUUAGAGGUUGUGUUGUAUCUAGGUCAAUGUGUCCAUUCCUGUGGUGACAGGUGGGCUUGCGAAGAGAUGCAAAGUGUCUUCUCUUUUGUUCAAGUUUAUGUGUAAAUAUUAAGCAUCCUUUUGGAACAAAGUGAUGUAGUGAUAAACUUCUUCAGUCAUGCACGUGUUGCAUAUUUUAGUUUAUAAUUGCAAAUGAAUUCCUAUUUUGGAUUAACAGUUUUUGCAAAGGCCUUUCGCAUCUCAUCACUGUUCUGCCAUAAAGCAGAUUAGUGCCUGAAUGUGUGAGUGUGUAUACCAAUGGCAACAUGGAUGUGUACUGGAUGUGGGCAGGUGUUGCAUGCCAGCAACUACAUUGAUAUGCAUGCUUGCAUGUGUGCGUGUGAGAGAUUUCUGUAAAUGUCUGUUUGUCU